UCCACUGACAUAAUUGCUAUGCACACAUGUUGUAUAGCACUGCCGCAGCGGAAGUAUCCUGCUUAGCAUGACGAGCAACAAAAUACAAGUGCCCCUUGGACCUUGCCGCUUGGCAGAAUAUGGAGCCUCUUAACACCUUCUUUAGGAUUAGUCCUAGCCUCCUCUUAAAGAACGUAAACUCUCCGCAAGGCUCACAUACGAGUAGCUCAUUUUCAUCACCUAGCUUCGCUGAACAUCAGACAGGUUUAAAAGUUUAUAGAGAUAGCCCGCCAUCCUUCACGAGCGCGCAUAGAGUCGUCGAUGACAAUCCCCUUUUCGAGGGGUUUCCUGCUCUCUCAGUGAGCAAGCAGGGUCAAGGGACUACAGCGGAUUGUCCUAAGGAGGACGCUGGAGGAUUGGGGGAGUCAAACCAGGUGCAGGAGCACCUUCACCACCUCCUCAAUCUCCUACAGCAAGCACACGGCGAUGAUGGCAAGACAAACGGGGUGGCUCUACCACACCUGGCGGACGAGCUUGAGGUCGUGGUGAAGAAGCUCAAGCAGAAAGAACACGGGCCCGAACACGUCAAUGAGGUACAGCUCGAGCCCGGGAGAUGCGCGAGGAUGCAGGCGGCGCUCCCAGAUGCUGAUGUGUACCGUGCUACCCCUACCUGCUCGCGUACCACGGCCAGUGUUGCAAACGAGGGCAGCAGCUGCUGGGCCGCCGCCUCAAACAGCGAUGAGCCAGGAGGCGGCAGCAAGCCGUCCGAAUCAAGCUUCCUCUGGAACAUGGCAGCAAGCAACAACAGCAGUGGCGACAGCGGUGGCACGUCGAUAACUGCCGCGAGCGGUCGCAUGGUUCUUCGUGACUCGGUUUGCAAGCAGCUGCUGCAGUCGCCGGCGUCUACCGUCUCACCGCUAAGCUGUGUAGGCCCUGCUGUCGUAGCAUGUAGCCCGCUGUUUACCGUGGACGAUGAUUGCAUGGCAUCGCCCAAGGAGCUCCCUGCAGACCGGCAGCGGAAGCGUAGCAUGGGCCUGCGGGCUAGUCAGCACGACAAGCAGCAGUGCUGCGACCCGCCCGUGGAGGCCAGCCCCCAGCAGUCGCUCUUCGUUGCCGGCAGCCCAGCCCUGCCAGCGACGGUUACCUCGACGCCAGAGCCGCCGGCGCCUGAAGGCCAGCAGGUACCACUCUACAGCUGGAUGCAGUCCAUGCUGGCGUCCACCCCCAGGCAGGACAUGACAGACGCGCCCGAUGGUUGCCCUGAGGCCGACGCAGCCUCCACCUCCACCUCAACUCCAGACUCGCAGCAGCAGGCUGGGGAGCAGCAGGGCGAUCCCCUUGCAGCUGCAGUCCGUGCCGCGCUGGCUGCCAGCCCGGCGGAGCACCUGGCUUACGGCAGCCCCCUGCACCUGAAGAUCCAGCGCUUGUUGGCCCAGCGGCAAUCCUCAAGCCCACUGGAUGAUGCCGAAGUCCAAGCUGACGGGGCGCCGCGCACGACUGAGGAGGCGCAGGAGGACAUGCGCGGUGCAGACUCAGCUCCGGUCUGGAUAACGAAUCCUGCUGCCGAGUCGCCCAGCACCAGCCAGUACACGACGGAUUCAACAAGCUCCUGCACCACACCCUUGACGCAGGGGGACAUUACACCGAUGCCCUUCCGCAGCAGCGUUUCGCCGUUUGGCCCGACCCUGCGUGAGCGGUACGCUUCAAAAGUGGCGUCAAGUGCAGCGCAGGCAGCUCUGGGGGCCGCCAUUCCGCAGCCCGCAACUGCAACCACGGAGCCACCUUCCUCGGCAAGCACCUCGCCAACCCCUUCCGCCAUCAAGUUUAGCGAAAACUCUCCGGAAGCCGCCGAGCUGGUGGCCCAGCUUGGCCUGUCGCUGCAGCUGGACCCGGCGUUGGUGGGGCGCGUCUCGGAGCUGGAUGUGCUCCAACAUGUGGAAGCCUGGGCACGGGAGCAACACAUUGCCUCACAAGCGGCAACGUCGCCGGAGGCAGAGGUUGGCACGACCCAUGCCCCCGGCAGUGGUGCUCUCCUGCAUGUGGCUAUCGACACGGCUGUGCAGACAGAUCCCUCGCCGCAGAGCUCGGGUGGGCAAGUCGCACAGGCUGCCAAGUUGGCGCCGGAAACGCGGGACGCAGCCGUAUGCACUGCGCCAGUGCGGUGGAGGGACAACACCACGUUCGACAACAGAGAGCCGCUCGGGGAGAUCGACGAGUGCCCUACUCCAGACGAGGACGACGACGUGGGCAUGGCCGUCUUUUCACCUGCUCGCAGCGACCAGUCCAAGCGGUCUCCCGCAGCGUCUCUGGUCAAGCGCUACGAGGCAUCACGCUUUGCGAACAAGCAGAGCCCCGCUGGGACACCGGGCUCGGCGACCAGGCGCGGUGCGGGCAGGACGUCCAGGGCGGGCAAACCCCACUCGUCAUGUGACGUCACUCCUGUUCGCCGCGGACUCUUCCGUGAUGCAGACUCGGCGCGUAUGGCAGCGAUGGAAGCAGCAGCAGCAGCCACCGCGUGCCACAAAGCCGCAGACCAGGACGGGCAAGGCCCAAGCGCGGAGGAUGUGCGUCCAUGUGCGGGUACCGUGGAGGCGCCCUUCAAUUCCGGCAGAGGGGGCGGCGCCGUGGCGGCUGGUCCGGUGAUGCCGCAGCCCCGCAUAUCUGACUCUGGGAGCCCUGUUGUCUCGGACGGGGUGGUGGAGCACCCGCGCCAACAGGACCUUCCCGUCCGCACCAGCAUGCCCUCAGCCGCUGAGGCGCCCACGCAAGUUGCGCCCAAGCCAGCGGUGCUCCCGCCGGACCAGCAGCCUCUUGCGCAGUCCGUGGGCGUCGGAAGAGGGGCUGGCAAGGCUCAGAACGCACCGCUGGUUGUCCAGGCCUCUUUGUGCACAGGUCGGGCACAAGAGGCAGCCAAUGUCGAGGUCGAGGCCGUCCCGGAUGUGUUGUUCACGCCUGGGAACUCCUUACCCGGCGGUAGCAGGAGCGCAACCAGCAAGCACAUGUCCCGGAUCUUUCCCACGUCGAGCGCUAAUCGUACCGAGAGCAGCUGCGGCGACUCUGACAGCGUGUGUGGCGUUCCUCGGAUGCUGAGCAGCAUCAGCAGCGUCAGCAUCAUCACGUCAGAGCGGGGCGCCGUGGGCGGAACCAACGG